AUGGCGGCCAUGUGGCUGUUGUUGCGCGCCCUCCGGCAGGGCCAGAGCCCUGGUCUGGAGCGGCUGCAGAGCCCCUCGUGGGGCUGGGGCCCAGGCCUCUCCGCCGGGGCUGGAAGGAGGUGGCCAUACUCCGUCCAUAGGCCUCCGAUGGGUGUCGCCGGGGCUGGAGGCCAAGCCCUGCAGAGUUUGCAAUUGCGACUGCUAACCCCUACCUUUGAAGGGAUCCAUGGAUUAUUGUUGAAACAGCACCUAGUCCAGAAUCCAGUCAGACUCUGGAAGCUUUUAGGAGGCACUUACUAUUUUAACACCUCAAGGAAGAAGCAGAAGGCUAAGGACCAUGAUAAAUCCAAGGGGAGGACCCCUGAAGACGAUGAAGAGGAGAGGCGACGCAAGGAGAGGGAGGACCAGAUGUACCGCGAGCGGCUGCGCACCUUGUUCGUCAUCGCUGUUGUCAUGAGCCUGCUGAAUGCGCUCAGCACCAGCGGGGGCAACAUUUCCUGGAACGACUUUGUCAACGAGAUGCUGGCCAAGGGCGAGGUGCAGCGGGUCCAGGUGGUGCCCGAGAGCGACGUGGUGGAAGUGUACCUGCAUCCUGGAGCCGUGGUGUUCGGGCGGCCUAGGCUGGCCUUGAUGUACCGAAUGCAGGUGGCAAAUAUCGAUAAAUUUGAAGAGAAGCUUCGAGUGGCUGAAGAUGAGCUGAAUAUCGAAGGCAAGGACAGGAUCCCGGUUACCUAUAAGCGUACAGGAUUCUUUGGAAACGCCCUCUACGCCUUGGGGAUGACAGCAGUGGGCCUGGCCAUCCUGUGGUAUGUUUUCCGGCUGGCUGGAAUGACGGGAAGGGAAGGAGGAUUCAGUGCUUUUAAUCAGCUUAAAAUGGCUCGCUUCACGAUUGUGGAUGGCAAGAUGGGGAAGGGAGUCAGCUUCAAAGAUGUGGCAGGAAUGCAUGAAGCCAAACUGGAGGUCAAAGAGUUUGUGGACUAUCUGAAGAGCCCGGAGCGCUUCCUUCAGCUUGGUGCCAAAGUUCCGAAGGGCGCACUGUUGCUCGGGCCCCCCGGCUGUGGGAAGACACUGUUGGCCAAGGCCGUGGCGACGGAGGCCCAAGUGCCCUUCUUGGCGAUGGCUGGCCCGGAGUUCGUGGAGGUCAUUGGAGGCCUCGGUGCUGCCCGUGUGCGCAGCCUCUUCAAGGAAGCCCGGGCCCGGGCCCCCUGCAUCGUCUACAUCGACGAGAUCGACGCCGUGGGCAAGAAGCGCUCCACCGCCAUGUCCGGCUUCUCCAACACGGAGGAGGAGCAGACCCUCAACCAGCUUCUGGUGGAAAUGGACGGAAUGGGCACCACCGACCAUGUCAUCGUCCUGGCAUCCACCAACCGAGCUGACAUUUUGGACAAUGCUCUGCUGAGGCCAGGCCGACUGGACCGACAUGUUUUCAUCGACCUCCCCACACUCCAGGAAAGGCGAGAGAUUUUCGAGCAACACCUGAAGACCCUAAAGCUGACCCGGGCCAGCAAUUUUUACUCACAGCGUCUGGCGGAGCUCACCCCAGGGUUCAGCGGUGCCGACAUCGCAAACAUCUGUAACGAGGCUGCACUGCAUGCUGCACGGGAAGGGCAUACGUCCGUCCACACGUUUAACUUCGAAUACGCCGUAGAGCGUGUCAUUGCAGGGACAGCCAAAAAGAGCAAGAUCCUCUCAAAGGAAGAGCAGAAGGUGGUUGCAUUUCAUGAGUCAGGCCAUGCUUUGGUCGGCUGGCUGCUGGAGCACACCGAGGCUGUGAUGAAGGUCUCCAUCGCACCUCGGACCAACGCUGCACUGGGCUUUGCUCAGAUGCUCCCAAGAGACCAGCACCUCUUCACCAAAGAGCAGCUGUUUGAGCGGAUGUGCAUGGCCCUGGGUGGUCGCGUGUCGGAGAACAUCUCCUUCAACAAGGUUACUUCUGGGGCGCAGGAUGACCUGAGGAAGGUCACUCGCAUUGCCUACUCCAUGGUGAAGCAGUUUGGGAUGGUACCGAGCAUCGGGCCCAUCUCCUUCCCUGAGGCUCAGGAGGGCCUUGUGGGUAUCGGACGGCGCCCCUUCAGCCAGGGCCUCCAGCAGAUGAUGGACCAUGAAGCGCGACUGCUGGUGGCUAAGGCCUACAGGCACACCGAGAAGGUGCUGCAGGACAACCUGGACAAGCUGCAUGCGCUGGCGAAUGCCCUGCUGGAAAAGGAAGUGAUAAACUACGACGACAUCGAGGCCCUCAUUGGCCCACCGCCUCACGGGCCCAAGAAGAUGAUCGCGCCUCUGAGGUGGAUUGAUGCUGAGCGCGAGAAUCAAGACACUGGGGAGGAGGAGGCACCUCAGCAGGCCCCGCUUCGGGGGGAGGAGCCUUCUUAGCCCAAAUAGCUGGACCUCGUUAAUGGUGCCUGUGGGGACUCAGGAAGUGAACCCCUUACUUAGCUGUCCCUCAGAUUCCUUUUUGCCUGAGACUUGUACCUCCUCUGGGCCCUCACUGUUCCCUGCUGUAGGGCUGCUGAGAUCUGUUGUGAUUAGUAAAGUCUCUGCAGAGAUGAUUUAGUUUUGCAUUUGUAGAUCGUUUUCCCCCAUGGGGAGGCUCAUCAGUGCUUGUUACGGGUACACAUAAGGAGUUCCCAGAUGUAUGACAUGGUCAUUUCGUGGGUGCUGGGUGGAUUCAGGGGCAGCGCAGUAGUCAGGCUCUGCACAGCCUGUUCAUGCCGGGGCUUGUGCACAGGCUCUUCGUAGCCCCUGUGACUUCAUCAGCAUGCUAACAGGAUCCCAGUGAAAGGAUCCUCUGAGCCGUUCUCACUCAUCAAUGGGGUUACAACAUUGGGGACAGGGACUGGGCUCUACAGGAUUAAAACACUGCCACCUACUGCCAUUCGGAUGGGUGUGCACGAGAACCUCUCCUCACUGCUUCAGUGGCACCGUGUGGGGGACACCUGAGGACUGUUGGAAUACUUUAGGUACCACGUAGCCAGCUCUAGCCCAGAGGGGCUACAGGACCCCAGGAUUGUGUCUGCAGGUUAUAAUUUCAGCUAUGCGGUAACUAACUGAAGAGCCCUUUUUAUAGGAAUCUGGGAUAAAGGGCUCAGGACACCCCAUCAUUGCAAGACGGGUGGAGUGUACUCGGCUUCCACGUACCUGGGGGGCAUGCUGCAUGCACUCAGGUGCUCCUACCUGCUGCCUCUCAGCAGUGGUGUGGGAAGCCAUGGAUACUUCCUGACAGAAUGGUGGUUCUGUCACUGCUCCCACACUUAGUGCCCUGAGGAAACGCCUGCUGUGCUGUACAUGGGCAGGUACAGGUGUGGUUCCACACCAGAGGGUGGGCAGCUCGGGGGUUUUUUGAGGACACGUUUGCAUUUGCCCCAGUUCCCCAAAUUCAUUUCCAAAGAGCAGCAUAUAGUUAGGAGGGUUCUUGCUGUGUCUUUGCCUGAGGGCAGUAUCCUUUGUAAUCUCUAAUGGUGGACAUGGCCAAGCUCAUCCUCCCUGUACCUGACCCAUUAAAAUGGCCCAUGUCUGUUUAUCCUUUGGAAAAUCAUUUGCUGAGUGCCAGAAGAUGCUUAGCCAAGAAUAGGAUGUAACUGGCAUGAAAGGGGCUGCUUUGCUAUAGUGGGGAAAGUGGACCUGGCUUCCCAGCACUCGCUGAUGUAAGUGGGCUCACUGACCCUCAGCCAGGGGGUUUGCUUUGUGCUCUGAUUGAUAAUUGUUGUUUGCAGACUUUGGCCUGUGGGUUGAUCAUAAAUUAUGUCAGCCCCCCUGUUGUGAGACACAUGGCACUUGAGAAUAGUGUCAGGAGUUACAUCCUCUGCUAUCUCGUGCAUGGAUAAAGCUCAACUGAAUACUUCAAGAGGGUCCUAAAGGUGAAGAGGUUUCAAUAACAGCACAUGGUCCCCGGAGCAGCCAGACCAAACCAGGCAACCUGUGUGCUUAAUGCUGUCAAGAAACUCUGCCCCUCUGCCCAGCAGAGCUGGUACAGCAUGGCCUGAUUGUAGCUUCUGGAACUGUCUUUGAGUUAGGUGUGUGAAAUCUCCUGAGAUAACCACGUAUUCCUUAAAUAAACAUGUAUCUU